AUGGCCGCUCUAGUUGCUACCGUAGUGUACUUGUUCGCAUUUCUCAUACUUUUUCUUUAUAUUAUAGACGCUAUCGUCCAAUGGCGUCACCCUCGGGGGAAGUCUUGGAAGUACUUCUCUGUCCAAGUAAUUCUUAUCAUAUGCAUCUUUACAGGCGAGGUUAUACUUGUUGUUUAUAACGAGAAGGAGGUCAAGCCGGCAAUAUUGCAUGGUCUACAAGCCCUGUCUCUUCUACUAAGCCUCACAAUUCACGCUAUGAUGUCUUCGAGGCUAUACCUUGGUCGUGCACCCCUCUUGGACUUUCGGAGAUAUUUCCCAUGGGUGUUCUUCUUCAUGAGUCUCGCUGUGUUAGCCUUGUUCUGGUUGGCCUUUGCCUUUAUCCUGCGUGGCGAUCACGAGGAAAGAAGUCUUAUAUUUGUCGCUGUUGCAACUAUUACCGCUCAUUGCUUUCCCGCUUGCUUCUCGCUUCGUCAAAUCCAUGAAGGAAACGUCCUCAAGACAGCCAAAGUUUCAACCUUCGUUCUUAGCUUGAAUCUAGCUACAUUGCCUGCCUCGGUGGCAGCCCUACUACUUCCAGGAGUUACAGAAGUCCUCUUAGGGCAAACUGUCAUCUCCUUAUUCUCUAAUACACUUUGGAUUUCCCUGAUGAUUUACCAUUUCGAGAAGAAAGGGGCGGUAGCGUAUAAUACCGGCUCUGAUCGCGAACAGGGGAUGCAAGACACUGACUUCUCUCUACGAACUACAAGUGAAGGUGACGAAAACAAAUCAACCGAUGUGUUGACCCCGGUCUUUGACGUACCGAGUCGGUAG